GCAGGAGCAGGGGGUGUGAGCUGCGGGUGGCGGGCGCGCGGGCGCGGUGGUCGCCCAGCUGCCGGGCUUCCUGCGCGGAACUUUGGAUAUAACAGCGUGGACGGCGUGUGCGUGUCUGCGCGCCCCGAGGCUUUGUGUACAACUCAUGCGUGUGACUAUCGAUUGGGUGUUGUGGAGCUUCACCCAUCCUCGCUGUGCGUCCGUCUCCCUGGGUGUCAGUGUGCGCCACGGGUGGGGUGCUGGGCCCAGGCAGGUCUUAGCAGAUCAGGCUUGAAUCUCAGCAGCCCUACGGGGAAACUCUCCAUUUCUUUUCUGUCUUUUCUCCCUUUCUAUAACCAGUUCUUCCCCCUCCGGGGUACCAGAGUGACCUAUGGAUCUGUGGGUCACCCUGCUCUUACUGGGUCUGUGGGGACUGCUGUGGGAACCACCCCCAGGGGAUUGAAUAUGGAACUGGGGUGUGUCUUUCAGGGCCUGUCCAACUUCAGAUGAAAUUGGAGUAACUGGUGUGAUUCUGGGGUACAAUCAGUGGGUACAAUAUUUGUGUCUGUGCUUAUGUUUGGGUCAUUGCACAUGGCCUUGUGGGCUUCUGAACCCCUGAUUUAGAAACAGUGACAUUCUGAUGCUGGGGGUGGGUCUUUUUUCUCUGCCCCCACACUGGGCAUCCUAAGGAAUAAGUUUCGGGUUUCCUGGUGGGUGAAGGAGAGUCCCUUAUCAAGAAUUUGGGUGCCUCAGAUUUCCUCUGGGACAUGGAGUCAUCAGUGUGUCCAUUUGGGAAAGGGAUUCCUGGGCCACUCCAGGAGCACAGUUCUGUUGAAGGUGCUGAUGGCCUGGUGAGUGGGUACCACAUCUGAAGACCAAGUAGCACCUGCUAGGGGCCAUUUGUGGCUUUUGGUGUUGAGUAACAAGCCAACCAGUGCUUCUGUCCUCUCUGUCUAUUCCUUGGGAAGUGACUGGGUGGGCAUCUGGGGACCCAGGUGAAAUUCAGAGGUAUCACUGCCCUCUGGAUGCUCAUGGUGGCUGUUAGACGGUUGGACCAAGUGGAGGGUCUGUGUGUUCCUGCUGGAAGAGCCAGGGUAGGAGUGUGGGGUGUCACCACCUGCCUAGGAGUGAGUGGCUUUGAAGGAUUAUGGGGGAGGAUAAUUCUUAAGAAACCUGCAUUCAAUUCCUGAUCCCUCAAGUACAUGUGAUGGAAUCUAGGCCUUGUUUUAUAAGUUGGAGAUAGUGAUUCCUGAUCCUGGGCUGAAGACGAUCAUGGGUGAUACUUGUAAGUGAAGUGCCCGGUACAGGGCCCAACAGGUAGUGGAGGCUCAGUAAGCAUUUAUAAAAUUGGAACUCUAGAAAGAGGAAUGUAGUAUAGAAAUGGGUUGUGAGUAGAAAGAGGAUUUGUACUCAGAUGAAAGGCCCUGUAUGUGCUAAAGGGAGAUGUCUGUUGUAAGUCCAUAUUGGAAGGAAGGUCAGAGAGAUUGAAAAAUGUCCCUUUUGUGCUGGACCCUUGGAGUUAUAUUCAUCCAUCUGUUCAUUUCAUUCAUUCUUAUUUCAUUCAUUUGCUCAUAUUCAAAAACACUCUCCACACAUGCAGAACCGCAGGGCAUCAGAGAAUAAACACAGCCUACGAAUGCAGAGAAGUGUGUUUAUGAGUGUGUAUAUAGAUAAAUUGGAGCUACUUUGCACCUGUGGGUCUCUGUGCCAUGUGGGGAUUUGUGUGCCUGGCCCCCUGGGUGCAUGUACCCUCAGGUUAUCAGCUUGUAAACAGAAGAGCAUGAUUCUCCUGUGGGAUCAGGAAGGACACAUGACAGCCAAAGAAGGGGACUGAGGCGGAAGCUGUGGGAGAGAGACUUGCUGUGCCUAAGAGAGGACCCCAUUACCAAGACAAGCAGAGAGUUGGGAGGGGAUGGAGACCUGGGAUGCCCAGAUUCUUCAAUUUUGCAAGAGAAGCCAGUAAUCCAAAGUUUAAAAUGUCAACCUUUUGCUUUUUUGGGUGUUGGCAACAAAUGCACCAAAAACAAAUGAAAAGACCAGAAACAAAGCAAAGCAGAACUUUUGCGAGCCAAAUAUGGCCCUGGGUAUCCCGGGAUGGUAAUGCACAUGUUCUGUGUGUCUUUAUGUAUGGUGGUGUUCAGGUCCUUGGUGGGGUGUCUCCUCUUUGCAGCCCAGAGAGUACCCCCUUCUCACCUUUCUCUCCCAACCCUCCUGUCCAGGCCUCCCCUGAGGCAUUUGACUUUGACCUCAGUAGUGGCUUUCAAGUCCGUCCCACUUUGCCCCCACCCCCAGCCAGUCCCCACCUGUUGGCUUUCUUGCUGGAUGCUGUUACCUUCUGGACCAUCUGUCUUGGACCCCUGCACACCCCAGCACGACCUGCUCCAGUACCUGCCUGCCUAUUUCUCCCUGGCUCCUUGGCCUGGUUUUCAGAGUCUUCCAUGAACUAGCUCCUGCUGACCUCCAAGGCACCCCUCUCUCUUCCAGAAUGCCCUCACUCCCCUCACUGAUGUGGAAUUUCCCUUUCUUCCUCUGAAUCUGGCUUUCAAAUGCCACCAACUCCUGGAAGCAUCCCCUCCUUUCUCUUCUUGGUCUCCACCAUGACCCCCGCCCCCACUCCCAUCCUCUUCCUAACGCACAACAGCGCCCACUUCUUCAAGUGGCCAAGGCCUUGUGUGCAUUAUUUUUUAAACAUUUUUUUUAGUUAUACAUGGUCUUUAUUUUAUUUAUUUAUUUUCACAUGGUGCUGAGGAUUGAUCCCAGUGCCUCACAUGUACGAGGCAAGCGCUCUGCCGCUGAGCCCCAGCCCCAGCCCUUGUGUGCAUUAUUUGAUGAAAGCUUCACAACAACCAUUGGGGGGAGCAUUUGUUUAUUCCCAUUUUACAGGUGAGAACAGUGAGUCUGCAGAGGAGCUUGCAUCACAUGUCUAAGCUCAAGUGGUGAAGCUGGGAUUUGAACCUGAUAGCCACUCAGUCUGAAUUUCUCCAUCAUGCUGCCAAGGGGCCAAGGGAUGAGCUGGGUCCCUCCUUCCCAAUGGCAUCUCCCCCUGGUCUGGAACUGAAGACACUGAGCAAUGGUCCCCAGGUCCCAAGGAGACCCGCUCCUCUGGGCCCCGCGGCCCCAUCCAGGGCAGGCGUGGAGAAUGCCGGCUUCUCCUUGGAGGAGCAUGAGACCCGUUUCCAAAACCCCAGGGAUGCCAGACCGGACAGCUCCCCCAGUCCUCUGGGGGGCGUCCCCUCACUGCCCCGGUCCCAGCGGGACGACCUGUCCCUGCGUUCAGAGGAGGGGCCGGGCCUGGAGCCGGUGAGCCGCCCUGUGGAUUAUGGCUUCGUUUCGGCCCUGGUUUUCCUGGUGACUGGGAUCCUCCUAGUGGUGACAGCCUACGCCAUCCCCCGCGAGGCCCGCGUCAACCCGGACACGGUGACGGCGAGGGAGAUGGAGCGGCUGGAGAUGUACUACGCCCGCCUGGGCUCCCACCUGGACAAGUGCAUCAUCGCGGGCCUGGGGCUGCUCACGGUGGGCGGCAUGCUGCUCUCCGCGCUGCUCAUGGUCUCCCUGUGCAAGGGAGAGCUGUACCGCCGGCGGGCCCUGGUCCCCGGCAGGGGCUCCCGGAAGACUUACGGCUCCAUCAACCUGCGCAUGAGACAGCUCAAUGGCGACGGGGGCCAGGCCCUGGUGGAGAACGAGGUGGUCCAGGUGUCAGAGCCCAGCCACGCCCUCCAGGGGUCUUAAGGAAGAGCCCCUCCUUUCCGGCUGCCUUAGCUCCGGGCUCCGAGGCCCCCAGAGGCCUGGGGCUUCAAACUGAGCUCCCCAGAAAGGGCCCAGUGGAAGGGGGCUGGGGGUCUUGGGUGCGGAGGCGAAGCCCAGGGCAGCCCGCUCAGGCAGGUUCUGCAGUUCAAGGUCUUGCUUAAGGUUCUGUUGCUAAGAAUACAAAGUUUGGAAAGCCCUGCUCUUGGAAGAUGAGGUGGGGAGCCAUGUGAAAGGUGGCUCGUCCUGUUCUUAUGCUGUGGGGAAUUCUGGGACCUCCACUGUCCUCAUGGGCUAGCUGAAGAUGUUGGGUGAUCUUGGAGGGGGCACCUUUGAGCUCCGACCCUCUAAGGUGGGAGGUGGUUUCAUGGUGAGGGGAGAAGCCAGCACUCGGUGACCCCCCUGUUGUAUCCCAACUGACUGAACGGUGACCUUGUCCUCUCCAGGCUUCAGUGGCUCUGUCUGUAAAGUGAGGGGUUGGACUGGAUGAUCUCUCCGGCCAUUUCUGCCCUGGAAAUGGGAACCCGGUCUUUGCCUCUGGCCACCCUUUGCAGGAGGAGGGUGUCUGCCAGGCACUGAUCCUUCUCCAUGCCAUUUUCUGGCCUCUCCUCUGUGACCACCACUGUCAGGAAGCCAGCAGCUCUCACUGUCCUGCUGAAGAGCGCCUUAGUCAGUGUGGGUCAAACCCACCGUGUGCCACAAACCUGCUUUUGGUCUGGGGGUCUAAUUUCCUGUAGUGAUUAAUUUUCUGUGGUAGCACAUUUUGCAAAGUUAGAAGUGCUGUUUCUACCCCUUCUUGGGGAUACAGAGAAUCUUUCAGAAAAGAAAGUGUGAUGACUUUGUGGUAUCUGAUGUGCCCUUAUUCACCAACCCUCCUUAAUAGCAUUGUCUCUUGGGUCUGACCUCAUGCUAAUUGCAGAAAAAAUUUUUUUUUGUUUGUUUUAAACACUGAGUUUGUCACCUCCCACUUACCCUCUCACUAGUCAAGUGUAGCCACAGUUGAUCUGGGGGGAGAGCAGGCAUGCUCAGUCCCAUUGGUGAACAUUUGUUCUCUUUGGCUUGCGGAAUGUUUCCGAGCUCCUUCCAUACUUUCUAAACUCUUGAUGAGACAGGAACAAGGAGAUACAGGCAUUUGAGAAUUUGGGGGAAGGCAUCGUUCAGCCCAAAUGGCUCUAGGGGGCUUUGAGAGUACCCGCCUUCUUAGGCCACUGGUAUGAAGACUCUAAGGGGUCAUUUCCGUGAGCCCACUGCGGCUGAGUGGGUCCACUUACUCCGUGUCAGUUGGCCAUGUGGGCUGGGAAUUCUCAUUGUCUGGGGGGUGGGAGGAUGGGGUAGGCGUGGGGUCUCUAGGGGAUCGAGGGCCCCUGAUUACCGUAACAGGAGCCUUUAGUCCAGUGAGUGGAACAUCUGGGCAGCAUGAGAUCACAGCUUCUGAGACGGAUCAAAUAUCUGCCCCUGUUGGCAGUUUCUGUCAGGAGAAGGGGGCUGGGGAGGGCUGGAGAGGACAAAGAUCCUUUAGCUUGGCUUCCCAGGUUCUGUUGGGGUGUCACAAAGAACAAAGGCCAAGAUGGUGAAAGGGUCACCAUCCCCUGGGCUCCCGCGGAUGUGUCAUCUCUCCCAAGUUCCAAGCAAGGAGAAGCCACAGAAGGUGGUGAGCCAGGCAAGGUGAACGACAGUAGGAUUGGACGCCCCAAAUGAUGGGCUGAGGCUUUUCAAAUCCAUAAUGAUAAUAAUAAAAAUAUCAACCCAAGCCCUGUGGAUUACGAAGACAGUGGGGGACUCAUUUGGUUACUAAACCUGUUGAGAAGACGCAUCUGGGACCAUCAGUUCCUAUCAGUUUAAAUGCAAUGAAUUGUAUUUAAGGGAUAAAUGUAGUAGAAGAUUAAAUCUCAGGUUUUCUCCAAGCCAGAGAAGUCCGCUUUGCAUUCUAAUGUGGAAACUCCUUUAGAAAACGUUUGUAAUGGAGCAAAGCAAUCAUUACCUUGUCAGCAAAUUAAGAAAAUUCGAGAGAUGCCAGAAACAUUUCCUCAAGAUUGCAGCUGAGAUCUCCUCACCAGUGGGUCAGAAACAGGUUUAGGAAGGAGUCGAGGGGGUGGGGGUGGAGUGCUGAGAAUUUUCUUUGUAAGUUCCUAGGGGCCAGGUGUGGUAAUAUCCCAGAGGCCCCUGUGGUUGUUGGAAGAGGCCCUCCUCACCUCCAAGGACUUUUCGCAUCUGAAAGCUUUACUAGGGUCCCCCAGCCUUGCUUGUCCUGGGGUAUCCGAACAGAUAGCAGUUUUGGAGUUGGUAAGACCUGGGUUGCAUACAGGCUGUGCCAUUUACCAGCUGUGUGACUUUAGGUAAGUUACUCUACCUUUCUGAGUUUGGGUUUCUUUGCAGAGUUGGUUUCAUGAAAACGCUGCCUGGUGGGGGUGGUGCAGAUCAGGAUGGCCACUGACAAGGACACUCUCCUUCCGACCUGGACUGGCGCUAACUCUUUUAGGCCUGAAUCAUGGGGGUGGUGGGGGAGGUCAACCCUUCUUCCUCGUGCAUCUCCCACCAGCAGAUAUUGUCAGAUCCACUUUCAGAAUGUGAUCUGUGUUCAUCCGUCA